AUGGUGCUCUCAAGAAAGGCAGUUCUUGCUUGGCUUCUAUACCUGGUGUUGUUAUUUUGUGAUGUCAACGGGAAUGUGAUUCAUCGUACAACCUUGUCUCCUGCUCAAAAUCGUACAACCUUGUCUCCUGAUCAAAAAAACUGGAAUUUGUUAGCACGACAUAUGCAGGGAAAUAUCACAGAAAGAACUUCAAAUCGGAAGCUUAAUGUCUUUUCUAAGAUUCUUCUGGCAAAUAUUAAAGCGCGAAGCGGUAAGGUCGGAAGAAUGGAUGAUAAUGUAUAUCUCUACCAAGGCGAUAUAAGCAUAGAUCCAAAGGAUGUGAGCAAGUUUGAAUCUCGUCGUGGAAAUAAAGGACGCAAAAAACGAACUCUCGUGAGUGACAGGACACUCUUGUGGCAGUCACCGAUUUAUUAUGACUUUCAUCCUGAUCUCAACAGCGACGCCAGACAAGCAAUUGCAAGUGCAAUAACGGAAUGGGAAAGUGUUCUACCGUGCAUACAAUGGAUUAGGGGAAAGACGUACACAAGUCAUCAAGGAUAUCUUUAUUUCAUACAAGGGGUGGGUUGCUAUUCAUCUGUGGGUAUAAAACACGGCUAUCAAGAACAAGUAAUAUCAAUAGGAAAUGGUUGUGAAAAACAUGGAAUUGCAGUACAUGAAAUUGCUCAUGCAUUGGGAAUUGGGCAUGAACAAUCGCGACCUGAUCGAGACCAGUAUGUUCAAAUCCAAUGGGAUAAUAUUAUACCAAAAUUUGUACAUAACUUCAAUAAGUGGGAUCAAUCAAGAGUCGACAGUUUUGGCCAGCCAUACGACUUUGAUAGUGUGAUGCAUUAUGGAGCAUAUGCUUUCACGAAGCAAGGAACAUCAGUUACACCACCUCUACCCACAACUACAUCUCCUGGUGGUUCUGGAUCUGGUGUUGGUCCUUCAGGUUAAAGAAUUAGCAAGUCAAGUCGCUGCAGCCAUGCACGGUUACUGGGAGUAGGGGACAUGUUCACUAAAU